AUGAUGGACGUGAUCAUUCACCUCACUGCAGGCACCGUGGCAGGUAUGACCGGGGUUCUCCUUGACUACCCGCUCGAUACCAUCAAGACGCGUAUGCAGGUGAGCAGCUACACAAAGGUACCCUACUACUACAGGACCACUGCAGCCGCGGAAGUGGCCAGCAUUAGCGCUACGUCACCGGUGACGUACUGGCAGUGCGCCUCCCAACUCUACCAGCGCGGUGGUAUUCGAUCGUUUUACCGAGGCCUUAGUGUGCCCCUGACAGCUCAGGGCGCUGAGGCUGCCGUCGUUUUCUCGGUCUAUAACGUAUCUCUUCAGCGCUUUCUGCAGAAGCAGCAGCAGCAGCAGCAGCGCCAGGGGCAAGAGCGGGAAAAGUUGUCCGGGUCGCGAGGUGACCACAAACGACGAUCCUAUCGGCAGCGGCCUACUCAGAGCAAACCUGAGCUGCCCCAGCCGCCGCCGCCGCCGCCCAUUUCCGUAUGGAGUUCGCCGGCGCACUGGAAGGCCUCUGCGUGCGCAGGUCUCGCCGUGUCGCUUAUCUUGACGCCGGUUGAAAUGCUGAAGUGCAACAUGCAGAUGGAGAGCGCCCGGCCGAGCUGGAAGCGUCACCGCACGACGGUGUUCGGCCUUGCUCGUGACUUAGUGGCAACCCAUGGUGCGUGCGGUCUCUACACAGGGGUGACCGGUACUCUGACGCGCGCUGUAUUGGGCAACAUGGCAUAUUUUGUCUCCUAUGAGCAGUGCCGGGAAUGGCUGGCGCAGGGGUUUGCCCAAUCACUGGGCGAUGGCGAAGCUCUGCCGAUUUGGCACUCCAUGCUCGCAGGCGGGAUCAGUGGGUGCUUCUAUUGGAGCAUCGCGUACCCGGCCGACGUGGCAAAGACGAAGAUGCAGGUGUGCCCGGCAGCACGACGGCAGGGUUUUACGAGAACACUGUCAAGCUUGUACCACAGCGGAGGAGUAGAGGCGCUGUUCCGCGGCUGGGGUGUCACGGUGGUGCGGGCGUUCUUAUCGAGCAGUGUCGUCUUCACCAUCCACGAACGCAGCAGCAGUACCUUGCAGGGCUUCUCUUCUCCGUAUUGUGCUCUUGCACGCGACAGUGCCGUGACGUCGACAUCGAGUGCUGCCUAUGAACCCCAAGAGGAGUUGGUUUCUCAUCGGUACUAA